GAGUAGACCUGGACCAGAACCCAGCUGUGUGUCCUUUAGGAGAGACUGGUCAAAGGAUCACCUGCUUGUAAACGUCAACAAACAGAGCCUUAAAACUGUGAUCCAUUGGCACAGAGCAGAUGAUCCUGAACCUGACCUCAGCUGUUUGUCCUUCAAUCAACAGUCAACUUCUGCAAUGAAAAGAGUGGAGCAGCAGAACUCAGAGGGUCCCAGUGCUCAGUCUGCCCAGCAGCAUCAGACCCAGCUGGACUCCGUAUUCAUGCUGCUGGAGGACAAAAUUCUCACUUUUGUGAAGACAGAGCUGAGAAAGAUCCAGAAGGUUCUUAGUUCAAAUCAUUCCCGAUGCUUAUUUAGUCAAAUGGCACAUGAAGAUGGUUUGGAUGUUGAGGCAGAUGAGAAGAGGUGCAACAGAGAAGCAUUUCUACACAUCACACUACAUUUCCUGAGGAAGAUGAAGCAGGAGGAGCUGGCUGACCGUCUGCAGAGCAUGGUUUCUGAGGAUGUUCAGGAGUUGGUGCUGAUUAAAGAAGAAGCUCCUGAAGAACAGCAGCUUUAUGUGGGCCAGCAGGACCGAAAACACCUCCAUAUAAAAGAGGAAGAGGAGGAAAUGUGGACCAGUCUCGGAAAAGAACAGCUYGAUGUGAAGGGGGAGACAGAUGAGUCCAGAUUUUCAUUCACUGCAGUUCCUGUGAUGCGUGAGGAUGAUGAAGAUAAAACUCUGUUCUUACAGCUUCAUCAACACCAAGUUGAAGUCAGAGAUUAUCCAAUCAGCUGCUCAGCUGACAACCUGAAGUCAGCAACUGGUGGAGAGUCCUGUGGAGCAACAGAAACUACAGGAAACCCAGAUCUGAGUACUCAUCAAUAUUAUUCUGAUUUUUCAGAAGUUGAAGUCAAUGAGGAUACCAUAGAGGAUUYUGACUCUUCAGUAACUGAAGUCAGUGAGGAUGAGGGUGAGGAAGAGGAUAAUGAUGUGAACAAUCCUGACUCUCAGCUGAAACAUUUUGUAGACUCUGGCUCAAAAACUGAAGAUUCUUAUAAAGACUGGGAUUUUUCUACCAACAGGGUUCCUGAAUCAGGUGUAAGCAACAAAAAUAGACAGAGGCGGUUUUGCUGUGAGCUGUGUGGGCGAAGCUUUAACCAAAAAGGGCAUUUAAACACACACAUGAGAAUCCAUAAUGGACAAAAGCCAUUUUGUUGUGAGGUGUGUGGGCGAAGGUUUACCAUAAAGAGUAAUAUGAUGAAACACAUGAGAGUCCACACAGGACAGAAGCCAUUUUGUUGUGAGCUGUGUGAUCGAAGCUUUAGCGAAAAGGGCAAUUUAAACACGCACAUGAGAAUCCACAGGGAACAGAAACCAUUUGGUUGUAAUCUGUGCGAUCGAAAGUUUAGCCGAAAGGGAGAUAAAAAAGCACACAUGAGAAUCCACACAGGACAGAAGCCAUUUGGUUGUGAGCUGUGUGAUCGACGAUUUAGCCGAAAGAAUGGUUUGAACACACACAUGAGAAUCCACACAGGAGAGAAACCGUAUCCUUGUAAUCUGUGUGAGCGAAGUUUUAUCACAAAGGACGGUUUAAACAGACACAUGAGAAUACACACAGGACAGAAGCCAUUCUGUUGUGAGCUGUGUGAUCAAAGGUUUACUGAAAAGGGCAAUUUAAACAGACAUAUGAGAAUCCAUGCAGAAAACCAAGUAGUCUUUUACACUAAGACCUAGGUGAGAAACUACACAGGAGAAAACAUGGUUUUAAAGGCACUUCAAAUAAACUAAGAUUAUUAUGUUUUAAAACAAGAAGCUGGGAAAGCCCAGAUGAUGCCAUGACAUUGGAAACUUUGAUAGGUUAGUUCAGAGUUUCCCAAAGUUGGGGUCGGGACCCAAAGUGGGGUCCCGAAACAUCAAGGUGGGGUC